AUGCGUUUCAUUGUCAUAAUUUUUUUGGCUUUCAUUAUAAGUGCAGCUGCAUGGGACGAUGAUGAUUUUGAAGUGUUUGACGUGGUGGAAGAAGUAAACCAGAAUUUUUAUGAACUUCUAGGUGUAACGCAGGAAGCAUCACAAUUAGAGAUAAAGACUGCAUUUAAAAAGCUUACUUUGAAGUUGCAUCCUGAUAAAAAUAAUGCCCCUGAUGCUGAUGUACAGUUUAGAAACUUGGUGUCUGUGCACAACAUUCUUAAGGAUCCAGGAAAAAGAGAAAAAUACAAUGAAGUUCUUAAAAAUGGUCUUCCUAACUGGCGUUCUGCCGUGUAUUACUAUCGACAUGUGAGAAAAAUGGGCUUAGCAGAGGGCUCAGUAAUCCUUUUCAUAAUUAUCACAUUUUGUCAGUAUGCAGUUAGCUGGGCCGCUUACGCUGAAAAGAGGUUUACAGCUGAACAAAUAUUAAAUAGCAGGGGGAAGAAACAAAAGAAGUCAGGUUUUGACACAGGAUUAGCAGAGAUUUUAGAUCAGCUCCCAAAGCCAAGUAUAAAAGAUACACUUCCAUUUCAAAUACCAAGGUUUCUAUGGUGGUCUGUAACUGCCAUACCUCAAAGUAUUGUGGAGAUGAAAAGGCAAAUGAAGGAGAAAGAAGAAGAGGCAAAGCGACAAAAGAAGAAGGAGGAGGAGGAGCGGGCGAGGGCAGAGCGCGAGGCAACCGCAGCGGAGGCGCGGGCGGCGGCCGGCGGCGCGCGGCGGCGUAGGGGCUUCGUGCCGCCCGCGCGCGACGGCUGCCUGCUCGACGCGGCCGACGAGCCGCACGCGCCCGCGCCCGCGCUCGAGCCCGCCAAAGCGCCGCCCCCCGUGAUCACGGGCGGGCUGUGGACGGACGACGACCUCGCCGAGCUGGUGCGCCUGGUGAAGAAGUACCCGGGAGGCAGCGCGGAGCGGUGGGAGCGGAUCGCCGAGGCGAUGGGCCGCAGCGUGGCCGAGGUCACGCACGUGGCCGCCCGGCUGAAGGACAACUGCUACAAAAUACCCGGCCAGGAGGCGCCGGAGGAGACGGCCCCGGAACCCCCCAAGAAGGUUAAAACGCGCAAGACCGAGGAGGUGAGCGGCGGCAACUGGUCCCAGUCGCAGCAGAAGGCGCUCGAGCUGGCGCUGGCGAAAUACCCCAAGGGUGGAGUAGGCGACCGCUGGCAGAAGAUAGCCAGCUCCGUGCCCGGGAAGACCAAGGAGGAAUGCAUGCAGAGGUGUAAGUACUUAUCGGAGGUUGUGAGAAAGCAGAAGCAGAAAGAAGAAGAGGAACAGAGGGAGGCGUUGAUGGAGAGCGCCGACGAGGCACAGAAGGUUCCAGAAGACGGAGAGGUCUCG